GGCGCCAGGGGCAAGCACCGGCAGGCUACGCUGCUCGUCCUACAGUGGUGGAGCUCCGACGGGACGGAAGAGACCAAAAGAGGAUGACGAAACAAAAAGAAAGAGAAAUGCGCACGUGUGAAACGGACGGCGGGUUGGGUUCGAACCCGGGCCUAUUCCAUUGUCAGCCAGCAGGGCCAGCAGGUCACGGUGGACGAUUAUCGGUCUGCUGAACAUUCCGACACAGCAGCUUGGACGCACUGCCCCCACCCCCUCCCCGUCGGCUCAUCGCCUUGGUGUUCGCACCGCCUCUAGUUUUAGCUUUUGAACGGCGAUACAUUUUCCGAGCGACAGGAGAGAGAAACAUCCCGAAGUGUACCGCAGGCUGAUUCCGAGGGUAGCUUUCGUCGCCCUGUCUCUCUCGCACCUCUACGGGACGCCCCAUGAGUGCGAGAGAGACGGGGCGACGAAAACGACUCUCGGAAUCGGUCCGCUGUUCGUCCUUGAGAAUCGGCCAGUGGCCUCUGAAUUAUUCCGCCCCGAAGCCCCAGGGGAGCGCGCUAGAGAAGCAAGCGAAGCCCAGUUCAUUGUUCCUUUCCUUUCAUUCGAGUAAUGAAAUUAAAUUUCUACGGGAUAAAAUGAGAGGCAGGGCGCCAGGUCCUCUCUCUCUCUCUUGAUAGCUGGUGGCCCGCAGCGCCGCAGCGGUGGCGGCGUGACCGAUGUCCGUCCCGUUAUCGAAAGCGGACGGCCGCGGAGCCCCAACCUCGCUCUUGGCUCAGGCACUUGGCCGCCACCUGCAACCAGCCCGGCUAGCUCAGUCGGUAGAGCAUGGGACUCUUAAUCCCAGGGUCGUGGGUUCGAGCCCCACGUUGGGCGUCCAUUUUUGGAACAGUCGGACUGUUUUCUGACGCGUCGUGGCUCGUUUCUCGAGUUAUGAAGAGGCACACAGUAGCUGCUAGCUGCACUGCAAGUGGAUUACAACACACAGGGGAAAUCCCGAUCCCGCAGGAAGUGCGCCCAACGGCCGCCUUUGCGACGUCCGCUGCGUGUGACGUCCUGCCGCCUUAUCGCCGAAGGGAGGCUGGGUGUGCGAGAGAGAAGGAGUGUGUGCCGUGGGUGGACGGAGGUACACCUGCAGCCGCAGUCCUGCCAGGCCCGGCCGCUACAGUGCAGUUGCGUCUCGCGGCUGUUCGUUCUAAGAGUCCGGAGCCACAGAGCUAGAGAAACAACAUUGAGACGUACAGUCAAGUCCGGAAUCCGUCAGCCAGGCUUCGCUUCUCCCUAGCAUAAACGAGCAGAAAACUCAAUCUUCAAGCCCUGAUUUUAAGGAAAGUUGACUGAUGUGCGAGUCGUAGUUUCGUAGUUGCAUUGUGUAUCGAUGAACGUUGGCACGCUACCUCCGCACCAUGCGGUGAGUACAAACAGUCCAAAAAGUGUCUCUCGCCACUCGAGUGCCCCGGUCACCCUGACGCGCCGCAUUGGCAACAGCGAACCAUGUUCUGCCUCGCCGGGUUCUUCCGGCGGCGCCACUUCGUCAACUUCUUGCUCAGCUGCUGCUUGUUGUACGGACUGUACGUCCUGCUGCAGGCGAGACUGUUCCUCAGCAGAAACGGUGAGGCCGGGGAGGAAAUGCACACCGCGCAUGCCAAGUACAGACGACGACAAUGAGCAGGCUGCUGGUUUCACAGAGUUUCCAGUCGCCCUGCUGUACCGCAGCCAGUUCGCCGCUUCGGAUCUCCACCGCCCCGCCACGGCCACGGCGGGUCCCACGACAGCCUCCACCAGGUCCUCCAGGUCCUCCGGGCCCUCCUCGAAGUCGUCGACGUGCCCCCCUCCGCCGGCGGCCUGGCUGCUGGACACGGCGGGGUGCCGCGUGCCGGCGCACCAGCCCUUCAGCAGGGAGGUGAUGCCCAUGGUGUACGACUUCCCGACAAUCACGUGCGCCGACCCGCCGCCGCUGGUGCGGUCCAACGACACGCACUUGUUGUUGGCGGCGGGGUUGGCGGCCAAGUACAACGCCAGCAGCGUUGCGUGCUGCUUCACGGCCAUGUGGCGCGUCCGGGGCCCUCGCUGGCAGGACGACCGCGGCGUCCUCGACGACGGCGUGGCCUACGGCAACGACAUCCGCUUCGCCGACGACUGCGUCCCGUUCAACGACUCCAUCGCGGUGCCGCACGAGUUCGUCCGCGUCACCUGUACUGACCCAGCCAGCCCCGAGCGGCGGGAGGUGUACCUCGACUACUUCGGCUUCGUGCCCGUCCGGCGGCCGCGCGGCGCCUCGGCGGGGGCCUCCGCGCGCGAGCACGUGUCCGAGGACGCGCUGAGCGUGCUCGUCGUGGGCAUGGACUCGCUGUCCAGGCUCAACAUGAUCCGCAAGAUGCCGAAGACGCGCGCCUUCCUGGAGCGCCGCCUGGCCGCCAGCAGCAUGCUGGGCUACAACAAGGUGGAGGACAACACGUUCCCCAACCUGGUGCCGCUGCUGAGUGGGCUGUCGGUGCCGGAGCUGAAGAAGGCCUGCUGGACCAACAGCACGACGCACUUCGACGCCUGCCCGUGGAUCUGGAAAAGCUUCAACGCCAAGGGAUACGUGUCCAUGUUCGCCGAGGACACCGCCUGGAUGGGGCUCUUCCACUACCUGAGCCGAGGCUUCGUGAACCAGCCCACCGACUACGACCCUCGGCCCCUCCUGUACAUCGGCGAGAAGCACCUGGCGCGCGGCGGCGGCAACAACGCGCAGUACUGCAUCGGCCAGCGCCACCAGAUCGAGGUGCUGUUCGACUACGGGCUCAAGUUCGUGCGGGGCAUGGCCACGCAGCGGCGCAAGUUCUUCAGCGUCAUCUGGGGCACCUCGCUGUCGCACGACCUGCUCAACCAGCCCGACGAGGCCGACGCCAUGUACGAGCGCUUCCUCGCGGACAUCCACGACACGGGCGUGCUCAACAGCACGGCGCUGGUGUUCCUCAGCGACCACGGUCUGCGCUUCGGCAACGUGCUCAAGACGUACCAGGGCCACCUGGAGAACAUGCUGCCGACCAUGUACGUGGUGCUGCCGGACUGGGUGCGCCGCCGCUACAAGCAGGCCGUCAAGCACCUGCAGUGCAACCGCCACCGCCUGCUCACCGUGUACGACCUGCACCGCACGCUGGGGCACAUGACGGACCUCAGCACCCUGGAGGACGAGCGCGUCCUCGCGGACUCGGACCGCGUGCGGAGGGCCUUCUCCAGCAAGGGCAAGAGACGCAGGCCGAGGGCCAUCGGCUUGACCACGGCCAUACCCAGCACCAGGACGUGCCAGGACGCCGGCAUCCCCACCAACUUCUGCGCCUGCCAGCACCUCACAAAGGCCCAGCCGUUCGAGGUCGACGUGCAGUUCGCGGCGGCCUUCGUGGUCCGCGAGAUGAACGCCUUGCUGUCCCGGUCGCCGCAGUGCUGGAACGCGUCCCUGGACGCGGUGCUGGACGCGCGCAGGGGGGCGCCGCUGCGGACCGGCGACCUCGCCGAGGACGCCGACGAGCGCGAGUACCAGGUGCGUCACCGCCUGCAGGGCCUGCUGCAGCUGGUGAUGCAUGCCCCGUUCGAAGUAGUCCUUGUUGCUCCAGAUGCGGCUGCGCACCCAGCCAGGGAAUGCCCUGCUGUCGGCGGCGGUCCGCGUCCACGUCAAGACGGGCCGCAUGCAGCUGGCCGGCUCCAUCGGCCGCCUCAACGCCUACGGCAACACGAGCUGGUUGUGUCCUUGUCCCUCAAGUUUGCCGUCAUUGCGGCUUAUUUCAUUUCGCCUUCUGCCCCCAGGUGCGUCGACACCGCAUCACUGCGGACGCUUUGCCACUGCAUCGAAGAGGCCCCCACAACAGCAAACGCCAAUAGUUAUAAUUCUAGCAAUAAAUAAAGUACUUUUAUGGAGAGGCGUCUCGCGCGACUGUACACCGCACCUGCAACUCUAAC